AUGCAGCGUCCUGGUUAUGUGGAGUUACAGCUGCAAUUACAGGAGGCACUGUCCCAGUAUGAGGACCCUGUCUUGGCAGAGCUGGACUGUAGGGUGUUGAUCCGAACAGAACUGCGGAUUGAGGGCCUCAUGGAAAUUUGGGGCUUCCAUAGGGAAUAUCUCCCAACCAUAGAGCAGUGCAAUUGGACUAUGAUGUCCCUGCCCUAUUCUGGCCCUGACGAGUUUUGA